AAUAAAACAGCUCUGCAGAUAAGACUAAUAAAUAUACAUAAGUACUAAUAAAAUAUUGAAAAUAUAAGAUCUUUCUGGAAGUGCGGCUAAUUACUGUGUGCAAUUUUUAAAUAUAAUAAAAAUGUCAAAACCUGUGCAAAAUCUGGUAUGUGUUAACGAUUAUGAAGAAUACGCAAGAAAACACUUAUCACGUAUGUAUUUUGAAUACUAUCAUGGAGGAGCUGGAGAAGAAAAGACUUUGGAAUGGAAUAAAACACAUUUUAACAAAUAUCGCAUCAGACCGAAAUAUAUGCGCUCAGUAAACAAUCGAAGUUUAUCCACAAGUAUCUUGGGCAAGCCUGUAGCAUUUCCCAUAGGGAUAUCUCCUACAGCUUUUCAUAAAUUAGCACAUCGCGAUGGAGAGUGUGCUACUGCAAAAGCUGCCCAAGAUUUAGAAACCGUCUUUAUAUUAAGUUCACAUUCUAAUUCUACCUUUGAAGAGGUGGUAAAGGCAGCACCACAUGGAAGGAAGUGGUUACAAAUGUAUAUAUUUCAAAGCAGGGAGAUGGUAAAAGAUUUUGCAAAACUAGCAGAAGAAAGUGGAUUUGAAGCAUUGGUUUUAACUGUCGAUUUUACCUUGUACGGUUUAAGGCGACAAUUUUUAAGAGGCGAGUUUGUGAUGCCACCGCAUGCACCGUUUGUCCUUCUUAAAAGAUAUGAACAGAAGAAGACAAUAUCUAGUUUUAUCGAUCUUCCUGAUCUAGACGCCGAUUGGAGUUGUGUUAGAUGGUUAACAACCAUCACUAAAUUACCAAUUGUAAUAAAAGGUGUGCUGACAGCUGAGGAUGCCAUCGCAGCAGCAGAUGCAGGAGCUUCUGCCAUUCUUGUUUCUAAUCACGGUGCUAGACAACUAGAUAGUCUUCCAUCAACAAUAGAAGCUUUACCAGAGGUAGCGAAAGCAGUUGGGCAUAGAGUUGAAGUAUACAUGGACGGAGGAAUUAGAGAUGGUACUGAUGUAUAUAAAGCUCUAGCUCUAGGAGCUAGAAUGGUAUUUAUUGGCAGGCCUGUUAUAUGGGGUCUGGUGCGUGAUGGAGAAGAGGGUGUAAAAAACGUAUUAAACAUUCUAAAAGGGGAACUAGACAAUGCAAUGGGUAUCACAGGUUGUUCCAAAAUAACAGAUGUCAAUAAGGAAAGAGUGGUUCACGAAAAUUACUAUGCAA